GUGAAGCGCUGGCGCAAACAACAACAAAUUAUAAGAUAAAGAAACGUAAGAAAACGAACAAAACUACACAGAUGAUUGUGUUGACAUUUGUGAAGUGACGUGUGUGCAUUGUAGUUGUAAUUGUAAAAUUGUGCGAUGGUGGAAUUUUCUUGAAUAUAUCGAAAUUUGCAAAAAUAUUGGAACUACAAUUUCUGAAAACUUACAUGAAUGGCUAAAUAAAAGCGUUACCCGGUGUGAUACAUAUGCAGAAAUUUUUUAAAAAUUUGCUAAAAAUGUCUACGCAAAAGGUGAUUGUUUAUACUGUCGCGUUUGCUAUUUGCGUUUUCUUGGGCACUGCAAUUGGGGCGAACAAUACCAAUGGCAUUGAUGGAACCGUGAUCAGUAAUAAUAACAUCAGUUAUACUGUGCCCUCUGCUAAUUCAGCGACCCCAGUUCAACCGGCAGCAGUCAAUCAGAUUGGGGCUAGCACUGAUGGCGUUUCUGUGGGCCUGAAAAACACUCCACAAGAUAAUACAGCUGACAACCUACGAAAUUUUAUAUCUGUAGCGACCGCAUCCAUAUCAGGCGUACCGAUCAUUAAUACAAAUAAUACAAAUACUAAUCCAACAAACACGACGACCACUACGACGCUGGCACCCACAAACACAACUCAGAAUGCUACAACACCCACUGCUGAUCCGCCACUACCAGAUCAGCAUGCAGUGGAGCAGGAACAUAAUUCAUCGUUGUCGAUUUUCUUCGUCAUAUGCGUUAUUAUGUUGGGCAUUUUGCUCAUACAUUCAAUGCUGCAGACCGGGUUUCAGUAUUUACCCGAAAGCAUUGUGGUUGUAUUUCUGGGUGCCCUAAUAGGGCUGCUCCUCAAGGUUAUGUCGGGUGAGAAUGCUAGCUGGAAGCGUGAGGAAGUAUUCUCGCCGACGGGAUUCUUUUUAGUUCUAUUGCCGCCGAUUAUAUUCGAAUCGGGCUAUAAUUUGCAUAAGGGCAACUUCUUUCAAAAUAUUGGUUCGAUUCUGGUAUUUGCUAUAUUUGGUACGACCAUUUCGGCGCUAGUUAUCGGAGCUGGUUGUUAUUUACUGGGAGUGGCAGAGGUCGCUUACAGGCUUAACUUCUCUGAAUCAUUCGCUUUUGGUUCACUCAUCUCGGCUGUGGAUCCAGUCGCUACCGUAGCUAUAUUCCAUGCUUUGGACGUAGAUCCUAUACUAAACAUGUUGGUUUUUGGCGAGAGCAUACUGAACGAUGCCAUUUCCAUUGUUCUCACCACGUCGAUCACCCAAUCGGCCAAUACCCCCGCUAAUAGUCAGGCAACAACAGGUGAGGAAAUCUUUUCAGCACUUAAAACAUUCUGCGAAAUGUUCUUCGCCUCUGCUGGUAUUGGCGUAGUUUUCGCACUCAUAUCGGCGUUGCUUUUAAAGCAUGUUGAUCUUCGUAAACAUCCUUCGCUCGAGUUCGCCAUGAUGUUAAUGUUCACCUACGCACCUUACGUGCUUGCUGAGGGCAUACAUCUGAGUGGCAUUAUGGCCAUACUGUUCUGUGGGAUCGUCAUGUCGCAUUACACGCAUUUUAAUCUUUCCACCGUUACGCAGAUUACAAUGCAACAAACUAUGCGCACACUUUCCUUCAUCGCGGAAACUUGUGUGUUCGCUUACUUGGGACUUGCAAUAUUCUCCUUUAAACAUCAAGUCGAACUUUCCUUUGUGAUUUGGUCAAUUGUGCUUUGCCUCCUCGGGCGCGCAUGCAACAUAUUUCCAUUGGCUUUCUUGGUUAACAAAUUUCGCGAGCAUAAAAUCACCAACAAAAUGCAGUUCAUAAUGUGGUUCUCUGGCUUGCGUGGUGCCAUUUCAUAUGCACUUUCUCUGCAUUUGGAUCUACCCAACGAUGAAACACGCCGUGUACUCAUCACUACGACACUCAUUAUUGUGCUCUUCACAACGCUAUUCUUUGGCGGUUCAACUAUGCCGCUGCUAAAAUACCUAAAACCAGGCAAAAAACGGCGUACACGCUCGGGACGAACAGCAAAUUCCUCGGAUGUAUCGCGGCGUGGUGGAACGCGUACGCGAAAGCGCACUAAAUCGAUUUCGCUUUCAAAGACACGUGAAUGGGGUCAAGCUAUUGACUCUGAGCACUUAUCCGAACUGACUGAGGAGGAGGAUGUUUCCUUCGCACAAACACGCGUAGGCGGCUUCGGGCGUAUGGAUCGAAAAUUCUUCAUUCCUUUCUUUACACGUCGCUUCAAUAGCCAAGAAUUGCAUGAGUGCAAGUCACAAAUGGCAGAUUUGACUAAUAAAUGGUAUCAAGCGAUACGUAUCAGUCCGCUAGAUUCGGACGAAUCAGAUGAGGAAUUGGGCAUGUCGGCGAGUACGAGUCAAAGCUCGAUGAGUGCGUCUCGCACCUAAUGUGUAAGAAGAAAAUACUUAGUAGAGUAGGCAGACAGUUUAUAGGAAGGGAAUGUGCAAUGAUGAUAUUUGAUAAAUUUUUGACGUCUCAAAUUAAGCACUUGUGUGCACAUUUCCAAGUCGCAUUUUAGUUGCUUUCAUGAAAGAUAUUUACAUAAGAUACAUAUGUACAUAUUUAUGAAAGUACAUUGUGCUGUGAGAGCUAAAGUAAUAUGUAUUUGCCAAAAGAAAACUGGGAUUUUUUGUAGAGCUGAAAACCAUAGAACGAGUAGUUUUAACGAAAAUAUAUUUUAUUUAAUUGAAGUUAUCCAUACUGUAAUCAAUUUAAUUCCAGCAGUCCUGAUCAUAUGCAAUACUAUAUUUAAAAUUCCAGUGGGUUUCGAUCUUCGGUGACGGGUUACGUUAUGAAAUAGAGAUGUAUGAUUAAGACAUUUGAUAACUUCUUUGUUUAUGGGGAUACAUUUGUACAUACAGAUAUUUUGAUAUGUAAAUUUUAAAGUAGCGUUCGAACUGUGCUUAGCAUGCAUAAAAAAUUCUCCGUUCGCUUAAAACGCUUAAAGUAAUUAGAAACUAAUGUCCUAAAUUGCUGUUUAGUUUGGCUUCAUUCUGAAAUUAAAGUUAAACUAUUUCUAUUUUAAUAAUCCUUAAGCUUGAAUGCAGCCAUAUUCAAACUUAACAAUGUGUCCUUAUUUAAAUAAAAGUUCUGAUAUUUGUGUCAUUUGCAAGAAUCAGCUUGAACGCAAAGUUCUACACCAAAGAACGAACUUAUUGUAUUUAUAUGUAUUUAAAUGGUUUGUUUUUUUUUUUUAGCAAUAAGUAAUAUAUUUUGUGAUUUUUUGCAACUUAAGUGAAUCGAAAACCAAAAAGUGUAUUACAUAAAACUAACUGAACAUUGUAAACGAUGACUAAUAAAAAAAUAGAAGCGAAAAUUAACGGCAAAUAAAUGUGAUAAGCACUGGCAA